GCGCUGGCUGACGCGCCGCGUCGGCCUAUACACACGCCACGCCCGUCCGCAGCAGCCGCACACGCCCACCGUUUCUUCCACUCGUAGUCUUGCUCUUGCGCGCGCGCACCCACGCCCACGGGGCGCGAAAACCCUCUGCGUCCAUCUCUGGGUCGGCCGCCGGGGAGAGGAGAGGAGAGGAGAGGAGGCGACGUGCUCGCGAGUGAAUCACGCUCACGCACGCGCAGUGAGGUCGAGCGUUCCUCCGGGCCAUGGGAGGUUUUAGGCGGUGGCUGCCGUUCGGCGGCGGCGGUGGGUGCUGCUGCUGCGUCGGCGGCGGCGGAGGCGGAGGCAGGGGCGUGGCGGAUGGGCUGGUGUGGGACGUGCCCCUCAAGGCGCACGCGUCGGGGGACUACUCCAUCGCCGUGGCGCAGGCCAACGAGGCGCUCGAGGACCAGGCGCAGGUGCUCGCGGCGCCGGGCGCCACGCUCGUCGGCGUCUACGACGGCCACGGCGGGCCCGAGGCCGCGCGGUUCGUCAACAGGCGCCUCUUCUCCCUCAUCCAAGAUUACGCGGCCGAGAACGGGGGCCUGUCGGCGGAGGUGCUCCAGAAGGCCUUCGGCGCGACGGAGGACGAGUUCGUGGGCAUGGUGCAGAAGUCGUGGCCGUCGCACCCGCGGAUCGUGUCCGUGGGCUCCUGCUGCCUGGUGGGCGCCAUCGAGAACGGGACGCUGUACGUGGCCAACCUCGGCGACUCCCGCGCCGUGCUCGGCCGCCGCGACGCCGCCCCCGGGCGAGGGAAGCGGGUGGUGGCGGAGCGGCUGUCCCGGGACCACAACGUCGCCGACGAGGACGUGCGGCGGGAGGUGGCCGAGAUGCACCCCGACGACUCGCACAUCGUGCUCAACAGCCACGGCGUGUGGCGGAUCAAGGGGAUCAUCCAGGUGUCCCGGUCCAUCGGCGACGUGUACCUCAAGAGGCCCGACAUGUGCCGGAGCAACCCGAUGCUGCAGCAGUCGCUGUGCCCGUUCCCGCUGCGCCGCCCCGUGAUGAGCGCCGUGCCGUCGAUCAUGACCCGGGAGCUGCGCCCGGGCGACCGGUUCGUCAUCCUCGCGUCCGACGGGCUGUGGGAGCAGCUCAGCGACGACGACGCGGUGGGCAUCGUGGCGGGCAGCCCGAGGAAGGGCGUGGCCAUGCGCCUGGUGCGCGCCGCGCAGCUGGAGGCGGCGCGGAAGAAGGAGGUCAAGUACGAGAAGAUCCGGACCAUCGAGAAGGGCCACCGGCGGCACUUCCACGACGACAUCACCGUCGUGGUGCUCUUCCUCGACAGCUGCCGCGGCGCGGCGCGGUCCGGCGCCGGGGACAUCGGCGGCACCUACGCGCCCGUCGACGUGUUCUCCUGCAGCCCCGCCGGCGACCACGAGGACCCGACCAGGCCCGUCCUGCGGCGUUGAGACUGAUCUCUCGGUUGGUGUGCUGUUCUUUCGUUCGGUUCAUGAGAUUUCGCUCUUGAAACGAGAGGUACGCGAAUCGAGUUGCUUCCCGUUUCAAGAAGAAUCCGCCUGUAAAGAAAGAAAUGUCAUCGAACAUACUACAGUGUCGUGAUCAUGUGUAAAAAAAACGCGCCGGGGGGUGAACGGACCCACCGUUUCUCGUUAAGAAGCCACUACGGCUUCAUCUGGCCGCGGAAAAACUCUCGAAUUCUAGCCCAUGCUCGACGGGACUAAGCCUUGCGACGAGCACAGUAAAAUGAUUUUU